GGUUAGCAUUUGUUCUCUGGAAGAAGAGUGAAGCAGCAGAGGGAGGAGCGGCAUUAAAAAUGCAGAUCUUCGUGAAAACCCUAACGGGGAAGACCAUAACCCUCGAGGUCGAAAGCAGCGACACCAUUGACAAUGUCAAGGCUAAGAUUCAAGACAAGGAAGGCAUCCCUCCGGAUCAGCAGCGUUUGAUUUUCGCCGGAAAGCAACUUGAAGAUGGAAGGACCUUGGCGGAUUACAACAUCCAGAAGGAAUCAACCCUUCACCUUGUCCUCAGGCUUCGUGGUGGCAUCAUCGAGCCUUCCCUCAUGGCUUUGGCUCGCAAAUACAACCAGGACAAGAUGAUUUGCCGCAAAUGCUAUGCUCGUCUGCACCCUAGGGCUGUGAACUGCCGUAAGAAGAAGUGCGGUCAUAGUAACCAGUUGAGGCCUAAGAAGAAGAUCAAGUAAAUUCUGGGUGAGAUAUUGUUGGUCUCUACUUUCGUUUUGUUGGACUUAGAACAGUGACUUGUUUGGUAUUUAUCGUUUCUGGUUUUGAUUAAUGUUAAUUGUUUUGAGACAAUAGUUUUGAACUAGUCAAUUAUAUUUUUAUGAUGCCAUUUUGAUCUUAGUCAAUUAUAAUGUUAUUAUGACAUUUUGAUCUGUCUCAAGUUGUAUUUCAUGUUUUGGCAAUGGA